AACUCCAUUCGGCACAACCUGUCUCUGCACACUCGUUUUAUCCGAGUGCAGAACGAGGGCACAGGCAAGAGUUCUUGGUGGAUGCUGAACCCUGAGGGUGGCAAGACGGGCAAGACACCCCGGCGCCGUGCUGUAUCUAUGGACAAUGCCAGUAAAUUUCUGCGCAUCAAGGGUAAGGCCAGCAAGAAGAAGCAGAUUCAGGCGGUUGGGCCUGAGCGGGGGCCCCACAGUCCACCAGGGGUCCCCCCACCUGCUACCAAGUGGUCAUCAAGCCCUGUCUCCCACGGCCCUGGCCCUGGCCCUGCUGGCAGUGAUGACUUCGAAGCUUGGGCUGAUUUCAGGGGCCGGCCCCCACCUCCACCCCCACCAGGGUUGGGCUCUCGAAUCUCCCCACUGCUGGCGGGCGGGGGGCAGCCAGAUGAGCUGGAAGAUGAGGAGGCAGCCCCUUCCUCUCCACUCAUGUACCCUAGCCCCUCCAGUGCCCUGUCACCAGCUCUAGGUGCCCGCUGCUCUGUAGAGCUGCCCCGGCUAACCGACCUGGCCGGGCCUCUCAGCCUCCAUGAGCCGGGCCUGGCCGACAGCCUCCUGGAUGAUCUCCGGGAUGGCUAUGGCCUGAGCCCACCCCCCCCACCGCCACCUGGUUUACGGGGCCGUGUUCCCCCAGCCCAUGGCUACGCCUUCAGUGCCAAGUGUGGGGGUGCAGCUGGUGGCAGCAGUGGCUUGGGGGGCUCCUACUGCGGGACGAUCUACAGCCAGCCUGCCUUGGGUCCACUGCGCCGCCUGCCCAUGCAGACGAUCCAAGAAAACAAGCAGGCGGCCUUCGCACCCUUCCGGCCGGGUCCUCUGCAGGGCCUGCUGGCCUCCCCCGCCGGGCCGCCCCCUCUGCCCCCGGCCAGGCCCCACAGAUCUGGCUCCCUCCUGGGCGGGGGCCCCGGGGAGCUGGGGCUCUCGGCAGCGGCGGUGUAUCCAGCCCACGGCCACCCCCCGCCCAGCCACAGUGCCUUAGCUCACCCCAUCAGCCUUAUGACGCUGCCUGGCGACGCCUGCGGUCUUGGAGGACUGGCCCACCCCGGCCAUCCGGCCCCCUACGGGAGCGGAGGUGGGCCGGCGGGCCCCGCAGGCCUGCUGGAGGCAGCGCUUCAGGGCCCUUACACAGCGGGCACCGGGGGUCACGUGCCGCUGGCCGGCCAGGACCGCUUCCCUGCUGACCUCGACCUCGACAUGUUCAGCGGGAGCCUCGAGUGUGACGUCGAGUCCAUCAUUCUCAAUGACUUCAUGGACAGCGAUGAGAUGGACUUCAACUUUGACUCGGCUUUGCCCCCACCACCCAGUGGCUUGGCCGUGGCCGCCCUGCCCAGUGGGCCCCCGCCCCCCAACCAGAGCUGGGUGCCGGGCUGAAGGAGGCCCCAGGGGGAAGGGGGGCUCCGGGACUCCUGCCUGCUCCUGGGGACCGUUCGGGAGCCAGCCCCUCCCUCCUGGGCCCCACAUCUCAUCACCUGGACUGCCACAGCUCCUGGAGGGGCUGGCCUGGGCCGGGCUGGGCUUGGGAGACCCCGUCUUGCUGCUGCCAUGGGGAGGAGAGGGGCCUAGCCCAGCUCCCCCAAGCUCCCCCGCACAUCCCUGGCGGGUCCCCCGUCUCCCUCCUGCUGCACAGCUCCCCCUCUCCCUGGCCCGACGAGGGAGCACCGGGUCCAAGCCCUAGCCGCCCAGACUCCUGGGUCCUAGAGAGCCAGACCACAAGGGGCCUGCAGGGAGGAGGGAAGGCCCGAGGCCCCAGCCGCCCCCCUUGCCCGCCCCCAGGCCUCACCCCCAGCUGGGCCCGUUUCGUGCCGCUGUGCAGUACAGUGGGGUUGUCGUGUCCGCUCUGUGUGGUGAUAAGCGUUGUGUUCCUCCUCGGGUCAGGAAAGGCUGGAGAGGCCUGGGGGCGGGGGGCAGCCGGGACGGAGCGAAGCCAGGAGGCUCCAAGGCUACCUGCCGGCGGCCCGGGCCCGGGGUUCCUCCCUAC